AUGGCGUCUCCCGGCGAGGCAACAGUGAGCGUUUCACACGUGGGGAAAAAGCUGCCUCCAGCUCGGUACUGGCAGGAGACACAGGAGAAGGAGAAAGAUGAAAACAAAGUGGGAGAAGGUGGAGGGCGGACUGAAGAGGCUCUGCAGCAGGCGGAGCAAAAGACACAGAAAACGAAAAAAAGAAAGCAAGACCAGACUCAAAUAGAUGGAAAGAAAUUCAUAUCAGGGAAAUCAGACCCGUUCCCUGGUCCUGCUCCAAUUCCAGAAGACAGGAUGCAGAAGUUCAAGAGGAAAGAUAAAACUAAAAAGCAUCGCCGCCAGCAUUACAAACUGAAAGAUAUGAUAGCUCGCUCCGAAGAAGCUUCAGAAAUGGCCCAGAAACAAUCCGCCCGGUUUGACCUCCUACUCCCAGAGGACGCAGGGUUUCUAGAAGGAGAUGAAGAUGAAGACACAUGUACGAUCUCUCAGGAAGAUAUUGCAGAUGUUGUGGAUAUAACAUCUGGAGCAAAGUACUUUAACCUUAAACUGUCUCAGUUUGGACCAUAUCGAGUGGAUUACAGCAAAACCGGGCGUCACCUUUUGCUAGGUGGGAGGAGAGGCCAUGUUGCUUGUGUAGACUGGCAGUCCAAACAGCUGUUGUGUGAGAUUAACGUGAUGGAGUCCAUCAAUGAUGUAAAGUGGCUCCACAGUGAGGCCAUGUAUGCAGUGGCUCAGAAGAAGUGGCUGCAUAUCUAUGACUCCAAUGGAAUAGAGCUUCACUGCAUCCGCAAAUUCAAUGACGUCCUUCGUAUGCAGUUCCUCCCCUACCACUUUUUGCUAGCCACAGCGAGUGCUACAAGUUUCCUGCAGUACUUAGAUGUGUCUGUGGGAAAGGAGGUGGCAGCCAUCUGCACCAAGACUGGCCGGCUUGAUGUGAUGUGCCAGAACCCUCAUAAUGCCAUUAUCCACCUAGGACACCCCAACGGCACAGUCACCCUGUGGUCGCCCAACCAGAAAGAAGCCCUUGCCAAGAUGCUCUGUCACCAGGGUGGAGUGCGCUCUGUCACUGUAGAUAAGACGGGCACAUACAUGGUGACAUCUGGAAUGGAUAAAAAGCUGAAGUUAUACGAUAUUAGAGCCUUCAAGCCCCUGAAGUCGUUCUUCCUCCCAGCUGGAGCUUCCUGUUUAUCCCUGAGCCAGAGAGGACUGCUGUCUGCAGCCACGGGAGAUAUUGUUCAGGUGUACAAGGACGUGUGGAGCACUCCAGUGACUAAACCCUACAUGGCUCACAGAGCUCAGGGAACAGUGUGGGGGCUGCACUUCUGUCCCUUUGAGGACGUCCUCGGGGUCGGACACGGAGACGGUUUCACCAGCAUGCUCGUACCAGGUGCGGGUGAACCUAACUUUGACGGUCUGGAUGCAAAUCCAUACCGCAGUGCAAGGCAGAGGCAGGAGUGGGAGGUUAAAGCCCUGCUGGAGAAGAUCCAGCCGGAGCUCAUCACCCUGGACCCCAAUGAACUGGGACAAGUUGACCACGCCACCUUUCAACAAAGGCACCAAGACAGGGUCCAAGCUCUGGGCUUUGACCCACUUGCCAAAGAAAAAUUUAUUCCCAAGUUUAAGAAAAAAGGUCGUAGUUCUGCUGGCAGUGUUGAAAGGCGCAAGAAGCAAGUGGCUCAUGAGGACCAGAGGGAUAUAAUCAGGAAAACUGUGGAGGACAAAAUGAAGAUGGAAAAAGAAAGAGAGGAGAGGGAAAAAAAGAAGGCAGUAUUAUCUAGCUCGAGAUCCGCUCUGGACAGAUUCAAAAAAUAGAAAAGGAGGAGCCUUUGUGCUGCCCAAACCCCAGUGACAUUCUGUGGGAGUGACUUUUGAACUUCAUACAAAGGACACAUUUUUUGGAGAUAUUACUCCACUGUGGGAGCAAAACACCAAACUGCCAAAAUUCCCUAUAUGGUCUGCUAAUGGUUAGCAGUUCAUCAAUGUUGAGUGCAUUAGUGGGCUGUUCUAUUUAAUGCCUGUAGCCUGAAGAACUUUCUGUCUAUGUGGGCAAAUAAUGUGAGGUGCAAGGCUGGCAUGAGUGUCACCUAGAAUAAGUGUUUAGUUGUGUUUUUUCUCUAAUGAUAAACAAAUUUUCACUCACUUUUGACCUUUUCAAAAGAUGUGCUUUGGUGGCGUAGCUGACUGAACAUGUGUCAAAUGUUUUAUAUUAAUAUGUUAUAAAAAUAAACAUAUCAAGCCCCUGAA